GCUAGAAAUAUCCAUUUUUAUGGAUUCCUUUAGCUGUGUGGUUGAAGCCCAUAGUUCAGGACAGAUGAUUGAUUAUUUACCAGAGAGGGAGCAAAGCCUUGUGCUAGGAGUAAGUGGGCUGGGAUGAAGCAAAGCCAGUCUAUCUAUCCAGAUACCCCAGGCUGGAGAGAGAAUGCAGCCAACCCCUCUUUCCUGCCUGGCCCAGAGACAUGGAGGCACAGGCAUCCCUUCUUGACGGCCCAGGAGGAGGUAGAAGAGGAGGAUAAAUAUGAGCUGCCCCCCUGUGAGCUUCUGCCCGUCAGUCUCGCUCCCGCACAGGCCCUGGGCUCUAAGGAGGCCUCCUUGUAUCUAGAUCGUUCUGGGCCCCUGGAUGCAUCCAAGCCAUCACCACCCCUGCCUCAGCCUACCAUGGCCAGAGGACUCCCCAUAAAUCCUUCCUUCCCUCCCCGCCCUACCUCUGGCUACCAUUUCCCGCUGAAGACAGCAGUGAACCUGCAAGCUGCAACCCCAAAGCAGGGACCUGGUUUUGGAAGGCGAGGGCGAGGUGCACCUGUGAGAGUGGUAACAGGCCAUGCAGAGAAACCUGAUGAAGACAUCUACCUGGAGUGUGAGCCGGAGCCACUGCCAGCCUUGAGUAGGACUCUGAGCUCCAAAGCCCUGAUGCCCCCAACUCCUCUGCCAAGAACAUCUGGACUGUCCAAAUCCGUGGCUGGUCACCAGGAGGCUCGGAAUGGAGCAGUGGAUGCCAUGCUGAAAACAGGAAGGAAGCUGUCUGUUCCCUCAGUAAUCCCUGCCCUGAGUACCUUUGCUGCAGAGGAUGGCAGUCUGCUGGGUCAGCCUUGGUACUCAGGGAACUGUGACCGUCAGUCUGUCGAGAGGGGCCUGCUUCACUUCCAAAAGGAUGGAGCCUACACUGUGCGCCUCAGCUCUGGGCCUCACAGUUCCCAGCCCUUCACCCUGGCAGUGCUCCUCCGAGGCCGUGUCUUCAACAUCCCCAUCCGGCAACUAGAUGGUGGACACCACUAUGCCCUGGGCCGGGAGGGCAGGAGUCAUGAGGAGCUCUUCCCCUCCGUGGCUGCGAUGGUCCAGCAUUACAUGAAGCACCCGCUGCCCCUUGUGGACAGACACAGCGGCAGCCGGGGGUCCACCUGCCUGCUCUUCCCCACCAAGCCCUGAAGAACCGGCGGCGCAGGCGGGCGGCACACAAAUCCACCUUCGGCAUAUGGUGUGCCCCUUCAGUUUCCCCUCCCACUUUAGGCUCCUUUAUUUUAUUUUAUUUUUUUCCUGCCACCUCUCUACCCUAAAGUCCCUGCAGGUUCAAAAUGAGAGGCGUUGAGUCGGCCUGGGGAGGAUGGCUUCCUCAGAGUCACUGCCCAGCAAUGGAAUCGGUGCCCUGACCUCUCUUGGGGGUUAGCACCAUCUGGGAGGGACUAGUUUCCCAGCACACAGUAUACUUUCAAUAAACAUUUACU